AGCUGUCAGUGUUUACUUUCUUCUUCAGCCACCAGCACCGACAGGAUGGCACUUUCAGACAAAUGGACAGCUAUCUUCGAGGAGAAGGCCCGUGCUUUGAAACAAGGAGACUCCUGGAUUUUACAGUUUGAUGACAGUCUUGUGCCUGACAGGCCGAACGCAGGCUGGCAGCAGUACAUCCGGACGACAUCUGCUUGGUUCGCAUGCAUGGAUUGUGGAAGAAGCUGGCCUUCCAACCGUGUGAUGGUGGUCUUUCACAUGCGCCUGUCAGGUGGGCAGGGCGUCGUCAAGGUGAGGCGCUUCCGACAGAACUGCAAGGAGUGCGAGGAAGCUCCAAUGGACGAGCCCGCCGUCUCCCCGGAGAACAUUGACAUCGUCCUGACGAAUCUGAUGGAGAAGAUAAGAAUAAAAUGCUACCAUGAAGACCUGGGCCAAGCAAACAGGCCUUUUGUGAAGCUGAAUGUCAAAAGUCCCCAUGAACCUGAUCAUUGUGAGGGAUGCAUUCAAGGCAUCUGUGAUAGGAGUUAAUUUGCAUUGCUUCUAAGCCAUCAUUUUUGUUAAUUUAACACAAAUUCACACACCCUAUGAUAUACUACAAUUAUGAUAACAUAGAUAUAUCAUACUUAUUCAUAAUUAUCUGCAUGUAGACUUUUAGAUUUAUUCUUGUUUGUGUCAGUGGUCUUUAAAAUAUUACUAUUAUCUUCUACCAAGCAUCUAACAAGCCUUGUUAUCAUUUGGAAUGUGGUGGAUAAAUAAAGAGUACAUAAACAUUAAA